UAGGAACUCCAUAUUUAUUCCGGAAGGUAGGGAUAAGUUGGGUUUUUGUCUAUUUAUCUCGACUUUAUUAAGUCGGAUAGAACUAUUAAAAGAGAUGAAAAAGGGGGCAAUGGAGAAUGAUCUGGGUGAUCAAGGGGUGGUAUGCUCAAACACAAAAUUUGAGGAUUAUGUGACUGUGGAUACUGUAUCCUCCAUGCUCUUUGAGGAGGAUUUAUUCUUGAAUGGCUAUUUAUCUUCUUCUAUUAGUCCCCUUGAUACCGAAUGCUUUAAUAGAGAGAUUGUUACUUUGAGGGAGGAAUGUCCUAAGGAUGUGCCUAGGGAAGCGGAGGAGGAUAUUGUAAGGGAAGUUAUGCAUGCUACACCUAUUCAAGUUUCACUCCCUAUGCAGAUUGAGCAUAGAGUAAUCAAAGGUGUUUCUCAAUCUGAUUCAGACGAUGCUUCUGAUGGCUCUUCGGGUUAUGAUUCAGAUAAAGAGUUGCUUGCUCGUUUAAGUGAUCCUAAUUACAAAACAGCAACUCAAAUUGAGCUCAGACGAAGUGCUCGCCUUCAGGCUAAAAAUAAGGGAUGCUAAAGAAUUUGUGAUGCCUUUUACGCACGCUUUGGGAUUUUUUUGGGGGUCAAGUUAAUUGGGUGCUAAGACAAGAAAUGGUGUGCAGGGGUGCAAUUAGCAUGGGUGAGCAAAGCUGAAAUUUAUUGACUAGGGAUUGAGAUUCACACUUACAAUUUUAAUUUGGAGGAUGGCCUUAGUUUUUCUCUAAAUAGCUUUAAAUUCUCUUCCCUCAUUAGCGAUUGUACUUUUUUAUUUUCAUUAAUAAAAUGUUUCUUUUCAAAAAAAAAAAGAUGAAU